CGAAAACACGUUUAACGUAGGAUUAUUUUUUCAUCUUAAACACGUCGUAUUUUGAUUUUUAAUUUCCGAUUAAUAAUUAAUACAAAUGGAAUCUGAUCUUUUUGUUAGUUAUAUUGCCUUGUUAACCCACGCAGUUAUACCAAUUAUUGUGGGUAGUUUCCAAUCACUGGUGCCAUCACAAACCGAAUCUCUCGAGGUUAAAGAUGCUGCCAUGUUUCCAGUGAUCGGAUCAUGCGUUUUAUUCAGCUUGUAUCUUUGUUUCAAAUUUUUAAGUGAUGUCUGGGUCAAUUUCGUGAUGAGUGCCUACUUUACAUUUUUAGGAAUUGGUGCUAUUGCAACAGCUUUACAUCCAGUUUUGAGUGCCAUUAUGCCACAUCACAUGACUGAAAAGAGCAAGGAGGGUGCUGAAAAGUAUCGUUACAAGAUUACUAUCCCAGUUGUUAACUGGAAUUUUGAAUUCUCUCUUGUUGAUAUUAUUGGAGGUGUUAUUGGAAGUAUUGUUGGCAUUUUCUAUAUUAUCACUAAACAUUGGAUCGCUAACAAUCUCUUUGGUGAAUGCUUUUCCAUGGUCUCUAUUCAAUUGAUUCAAUUAGGAUCUUACAAGAUUGGAUCUGUACUUUUGAUUGGAUUAUUCUUUUAUGAUAUUUUCUGGGUUUUCGGAACUGAUGUUAUGGUUACAGUUGCAAAGAAAUUCGAUGCACCAAUCAAGGUUGUCUGGCCAAAGGGUGCUGGUUUCUCUCUUUUGGGUUUAGGUGACAUUGUUAUUCCUGGUAUUUUUGUUGCUCUCAUGCUCAGAUUUGAUUACUACCUCUAUAAGAAGUACAAAACUGGGGUAUUUGCCAAGACUUAUUUCAUCAUUACAUUCAUCUCUUAUGUCAUUGGUUUAGUUUUAACAAUUGCAGUUUUGCAUAUUUUCCGUGCAGGCCAACCAGCUCUUUUGUACAUUGUCCCUUGUGUUUUGGGAGGUUCCUUCUUGACUGCUGUCUUUAAAGGACAAGUUAGCGAAUUGUUGGGCUAUCAUGAUGAUAAACUUUUAGAGUUAGAGUAUCCAGAGUUGGCUGAAAAGAAGAAGCAAGAACAAGCUGCAGCCAAAGAAGAAAAACAAGAAUAAAUUAAUUAUU